AUGGGCCUGACAAGUACAGCAGCAGCAGCGAGUGCAGUGGCACCGGGUCACCCCACUACCUUCCACCCCUACACAAUAUCACCUACAGGCGCAAACAACUUCGAGAACGACCUUCGGCUAGACAAAGUUAGCAUCGAAUGCAUUGAUAUGGUCCCCUCCGAACACGAUAGCACGACGGCUUUGAACCGGCCCGCCAGGCGAGACAUCAGACACAAUCCCGUCGCCACGGGCAUCGGCACCGACAUCCUCGGCGGGCUCCGCACGAAGGGGAAAUACAUCCCGCUCGAUCAGCAGACGUCCGAGAGCAGCUGGGGCAUCGUACAUCUGUACCGCGAUGCAGAGGAGACGCCCUUCCUGGUCGAUGAGGACUAUCCGCUCGAGCUGAAGGGGUCCGCUGCGGCGAGACAGCCGUAUGACCAGCUGGGUGGGCGGCACGAUGUACCCGCCAGGGCACAGUCACCGUCUCUGCGUGCGGAGGGAGACUGUACGACGCUGUGUGUCCUUGCUGUGCCGUCGUACAUGUCUCCGUCGGACUUUCUGGGGUUUGUGGGCGAGGCGACGAUGGAUGAUGUUAGUCAUUUCCGGAUGAUUAGGACGGCGCGGGCGAACCGGUACAUGGUUUUGAUGAAGUUUCGGAGUGGAAAGAAGGCGAGGGAGUGGCAGAAGGAGUGGAAUGGGAAGGUUUUCAGUAGCAUGGAGCCGGAAACGUGCCAUGUUGUCUUCGUCAAGACGGUUGAGGUCCAGGCGGUCCGUUCGGAGUCGACUGCGUCUGCUUCCCAGGAUAAUGCCCCUUUAGCACCACAUAUGGCGACCAGUCCUCAGCGGACGACUAUAUCUACUGCGAACCAAUCGAGCUCGUUACCCUCUGCCACCCUUACUAGUAAACCUCUUGCACCUCCCACUCCCGCCCUCAUUGAGUUGCCGACUUGCCCGGUGUGUCUGGAGCGUAUGGAUGAGACUACUGGGUUGUUGACGAUCCUCUGCCAGCAUGUGUUCCACUGUACGUGUCUCCAGAAAUGGAAGGGAAGCGGAUGCCCCGUCUGUCGAUAUACGCAAGAUGACUUCCGCCGGGGCAGUCAAGGUGUGCCAUACGAAGAUGAGCCAGCUGAGUGUGGCGUUUGCCACUCUGAGAUCAAUCUCUGGGUCUGUCUCAUCUGCGGGAGCAUCGGCUGCGGUCGUUACGACGGGGCGCAUGCUUCUGAACACUACAAGGAGACGUCGCAUGCCUUCGCGAUGGACCUUGCCAGCCAGCGCGUCUGGAGCUAUGUCGGGGAUGCAUAUGUGCACCGCAUCAUCCAAAGCAAGACCGAUGGCAAGCUGGUGGAGCUUCCUGCGGCGGACAACAGCGCCCUGGACCCACCUGACUGGACGGACGCGGUGCCACGGGAGAAACUGGAGAAUAUGAGCGUGGAAUAUACGCAUCUUCUGACCAGCCAGUUGGAAAGCCAACGCGCCUACUUCGAGGAGAUUGUGGAACGCGCCGCUGACAAGGCGUCGCAAGCCACCGCUGCGGCUGCCUCUGCGCAAGAAGCUGCUGCGAAGGCUGCCGCCAGUCUGCAGGCGCUGCAGACGCAAUACGACAAACUAGCUGCGGAUACCGUGCCCGCUGUCGAGCGCGACAAGAUCAGGACUGAGAAGCGUGCCGAGAAAUUUGAAGCCAUGGCGCGCAAGUUGGAGAAGGAGUGGCGAGAGGAGAAAGCUAUAAACGAAAGUCUCAUGAAACGGAUCGAACAUCUGACCGCAGAGGUCGCGGAGCUCAAGGCGACGAAUACCGAUCUGUCCGAGCAGAACCGCGAUCUCACUUUCUUCAUUAGCGGCUCGGAGCGGCUCAAGGAUCAAGGUGAUGAUAUCGUUCAGGGAACUGUCAGCGUACCGGAUCCCCCGACCAAUAGUAAGCGGAAGGGCAAAGGGAAGGGGAAGAGAUAA